CGCACGUCAGAUCGUAUAGUAAACCAGUCGAACCCAGUCAAUCCCUCUCCUACAAAGUAGAAACUAAUUUAAUCAAGUAAUACUCCCAAUUUACAACCAAAUUUAAUCAUAAUUAUUGUUUAUUCUUUGACGUGCUCUCAUCAUCUUCGUUGUUUUCCCUCCAUUGCUAAGUUGCCAACUAACUACUGGUCUGGGUUAAUGUUAAUUUAGUUUCUAGAGAGAGAAAAAGGUGGUUUUGAAGCUUUUUCUCCAUUUCAAUUUCGCAAUUUCCCUUCCAAUUCUGCUGUUAGGGUUUUCACUAUUUCAGAUAUGGAUGAAAGUUCGAGUGACAAGGAGUCGUUAUAUGCCCGAAUUCAGGAGCUAGAGCACGAGCGAGAUGAGCUACACAAAGACAUUGAGCAAUUAUGCAUGCAGCAAGCGGGUCCGAGUUACAUUGCCUUCGCCAAUCAAAUGUAUUGUCGAAGGACUGCUGGCUUGGAACAGGAGGUUGAGAACUUGAAGAAGAAGUUGGCUGAUUGUAUCAAAGAGAAUUCAAAUAUCAAGGACGAGCUUUCUGAGGCCAAGAGAAUUAAAACAUAUAUGGACCAACUCCACAAAUCGGAGGUUACAAAGAACACAGAAAUAACUAAGCAGCUUGAAUAUUUGCGUGGGGUUAUUACUAAUGCUUUUACUGACCGUGAUCAUGCUAUACUGGAGGCUGAGAAGGCCAAAGAAAAUGAAGAUUUCAUGUCCCAGAAAAUGAAUGAUGCUGAGAAAAGGUUACAAGAACUUGCUGUAGGAUCCGCUGAAAUACAAGAGCAACUAUUGAGUUUGAAAAUGAAGCUAGUUAAACAAGAUCAGGAGAUCGAAAAUUUCAGAAAGAUCAUUAAUAAGUUCUACAAGAUUCGGCAGCAAGCUUGUAGAGGUGACGGGGAUGAGGAGAGUGGGGGUGAUGAUCAGUGUGAGAAUGUUUCUUGGGAUGAGAAAUUUGCAUGCCUUUAUAAUGAUAUCCCAGAAUCAUGGAGCUUCAAUGUUCAAAAUGAAGCUUCCACUGCUAACUAUGUGGCUGCUUUGCAAGAAGAGGUGGAGUCCUUAAGAAGUGAUCUUCAAAAUAAGAUGCAAAUGGGGUGGGAAAUUGAAAAGCACUUAAAGAGUAGGGUUGCUGAUUUGGAGCACAAAAGGAUUCUGUCGGGCAGACGUGUUAUUGAAGAAAUAUCGUCAAUACGCGAAUGCCAUUCCCAACAGAAGACCUACAUCACGAAAUUGCUUGAGGAUGAAAAGUCCUAUUUAGAAUCAGUUGUCAGCAACAUUCAGGAAAAGGUUGCGAUGUUGCCUAAAGACGUCCAUUCUGAGGUAACUGAUUCUACAGUACCAAAUGUUUCUCGGAUGUUGGAUUCCGCUGAAGCUCUGUCACAGGCGUUGCAGGAGAAAGUUUCAGCUUUAUUGCUUCUUUCGCAGCAAGAAGAAAGGCAUCUUUUUGAGAAAAAUGUCCAAGCCGCUCUGCAGGAAACUUCGGAUGACCUUCAAAGGACGCUACAACUAGCCACUCAGGAGAAGGUGAAUGCUCUCUUGGAACUGGCAGAGGUGAAAAGGCAAUAUCAACUUUUAUUAGAGAAAACUUCUGAAGAAGGAAACCUUAUUCCUAGUCCUGGUGAGAAAAGAAUCGUUGCUCUUGGGAGAGAUGGGAGGUUUAAAAAUCUUUUGAAGAAAACUUCUUUGAAACACUGGCUUGGUAGUGAAGGAAAUCCUCCUGCUCUGGCUCACCCUAAAUUGGAAUCUGCGGGAUCUUUAAACAGAGGCUGUAAUCACAGCAUGAACGAUGCAAGGCUGCGGAUUGAGAUUGCAACCCUUAAGGAAAGCAUGCAAAACUUGGAACGGCUGACGUACGAUAUUCGUAAACUUCGAGUCUCUCUCAUACAGGUCAAACAUACACGUUCAUCUAAAGGCGCUUCUUCUAGCACAACAAAAGUGCUGGAUGAAAUCAUCAGGGAAGCGGAAAUGGUGAAGACUGCUCUCAGUGCUGCAUUGCCUCUUAGCUGGUCUGGGGAAGGAGAUGUGGCAUCUUCUAGUGAUAAUAUCUUUGAGGAAAAUUCUAAUCACGGCGACUCCUAUAAUGAGAAAAUAGAUUCAGUUUCUGCGGCAGGCAUUGAGAUGGUAGAGCUUCUUAUACUUGCAGCUCAGAUAAUGAAGGAGAAGAAGAUCAGAAGAGAACACAGACUACAGUAAAAGAAGUCAGAUACAAAAAAUUCAAUCAUUCAGGCUAAUGCUUUUGGUUAUACUUGAAAGCAGUUUUUGUCCAUUUUCAAGAAAUAAUAAUACACCUACCUGUGUAAAUUAAACUGCAGGAUUAUUUACUGUAGAUAGUUCUUUCUCUUGGUUUCUUUUUUCUUUUUCUUUUAAAGCAUACGUCAAUUCGUGUCUUUUCUAUCCGUUGUAGGAUGGAUAACACUGAAGGGAAAAAAAAAAAAGGUCCUACAGGUGCACAGUCAAUGUUUGAUGAUGUAGAUACACUAAAGUGAAUAGAGAGUUAUAAUGUAUGCGUUGCUAAGCUGCAUAUUUCUUGCUUCA